AUGAUGUCAUGGCAGGAGCCCAGCCGUGGUGCUGAUGUUGAGAGAAGCCCAGGGUACCACUGAUUGAGAGAGUGAGGAAGAGAGCAGCUCGCUUCUAACUGGACUGCAGGGUUGUGACAGCUUCCUGGGCAGGUGACAAACCCCCUCUGUGACUGUCAGCCAGAUUCAGCUACCAGAUCCCAGAAAACAUGACUCUAGCUGCCUACAAAGAGAAGAUGAAAGAACUCCCUCUCGUGUCCCUGUUCUGCUCCUGUUUCCUGGCUGAUCCACUGAAUAAGUCAUCCUAUAAAUAUGAAGGCUGGUGUGGGAGACAGUGUAGGAGAAAAGAUCAAAGCCAGCGGAAAGACAGUGCUGACUGGAGAGAAAGAAGAGAGCAGGCAGACACGGUGGACCUGAACUGGUGUGUAAUUUCUGACAUGGAAGUCAUCGAGCUGAACAAAUGCACCUCGGGCCAGUCCUUUGAAGUCAUCCUGAAGCCGCCCUCCUUUGAUGGGGUGCCCGAGUUCAAUGCCUCCCUGCCCCGGCGGCGAGAUCCAUCACUGGAAGAGAUCCAGAAGAAACUAGAAGCAGCUGAGGAACGACGGAAGUACCAGGAAGCUGAGCUCCUGAAGCACCUGGCAGAGAAACGAGAACACGAGCGGGAGGUGAUCCAAAAAGCCAUUGAGGAAAACAACAACUUCAUCAAGAUGGCUAAGGAAAAACUGGCACAGAAGAUGGAAUCCAACAAGGAGAACCGGGAGGCCCACCUUGCCGCCAUGUUGGAACGCCUGCAAGAGAAGGAGCCGCCUGCUGCGCGGUGACUCCCGGGACCCGAUCGGUGGCCUCGUCCCAUGGACAAGCACGCGGAGGAGGUGCGGAAAAACAAGGAGCUGAAGGAAGAGGCCUCCAGGUAAAAGCCCAGAGGCCAAAGAAGUUUCCAGGACGGACGGACAGCUGCAGUUCCCGAGGCAGCCCUCGCCGCUGGCUGCUCUCCCAGCACUGGGGUUUGGGGGGAGGGGGAGGGUGGCCAAGGGGCGUUUCCUCUGCUUUUGGUGUUUGUACGUGUAAAGAAUUGACCAGUGAAGCCAUCUGUUUGUUUCUGGGGAACAAUGAUGAGGUGGGAGGAGAGAGAGGAGAGAGGUUGGAGAGAGAGAUGGAGAAGAACUCACGGACACUGCAACACUGCCCGCUUCACAUUCGGUCACCUCCUCUACUUUCUUCACAUCACUCGGACACCGAGCAUCCAGGCACCGUCUUGAAGGAGGUUGAAAACUGGGGUGGUAGGAAUUCGGGGUGAAGUGCAGAGUCCUAGGCGCAGUAGUGGAUUCACUCAGCAAGAGAAGCCCAGCAGGAGGGGGUGAGUGGGGCCCGGAGGUGUUGUGUUCGCCCUGUAACCGACGGGACGAGAAGUGGUGGUGCCAGGGUCUGAGUGUGUGUGUUUUAACCAUCCAUCUUUUGAUCAUCACGACAAAUGAAACAUUUACUCCAAG